CUCACUAGGAUGAGCGCGCAAUUACCUGCUAAUCUGUCGUAAUGAAAGCGAGUGAAAAUAUUCGGAGAGGCUACUUGUUGAAGUUUGCACCUGCAUUCAUAGUCUUGUCGUUGACGAGCAUGAAAAGUCGACUAAGGUAUCCUUUUUAGAGACUAAAUGCACGGUACAAACGAUGGUUCUUCCAGUUGCUACAUCCGCUUCUAUUAGCAGAUUGGUUUCUCAUUCGGCAAGCGGAGCGUCGAUCACCGAUGAUUUUGAGAAUGUAAUUCUGAACGAAAGUUCUCGUAGUAUUGAUUCUGAACAAGACUAUAAAGGUACGGAGUUUCAUAAGCUUAGUGGGAAGAUGGCAGAUGAUGCUUUGAUCUGAUUUCAAUCAAUUGAUGAAAAAGCAAAUGAAUGAAUCAACGAUAACAAAAUCAUCUCUGUGAUCUCUCUUUCCCUUCAUCAUUUCGUGCUACAAUGUAAGACGAGCUGGCAUUUUGCAAACGCCUAGCCUGUAUCUUGACCAAAGAGAGGGAACUACCGAAACUCUGUCAAGGUUUUCCAGCAGUUCUUCAGACAGUAAACAAACACGCAGAAGAACAGCAGCGACGAGAGACAUUGCAUCAGAAAUGGCAACGAAAUGUUCAGGCAAACAAUACUGCAAGUUUCUCUAUGCCUCCAAUCUCUGAUCGUUAACAAAAACAGACGCACUCCUACACGGUAACACAACGGGACGGUGGCACACGGUCAACCAAUAACAUUACAGCAACCACUCCGCUGUAGACUCGUUUAAACAUCACAUUCCAACACUUUGUGAUUUGUAGUGGCUGAAUGGAGUGCGUGAAUGUCAAAGAAAUAAAAAAUAACUAAAAAAGAUAAGACUAUUGUCACACAUCGUGCACUACACUGUGUUUCUAUGCUUGAAGAAAAAGUACUCCUAAUAGAAAACGUGUUUGUAU